AUGCCCCAGCUUUGGACGCUGGUUCUGCGCCGGGUGACGCAUCAUCACGUCGACAACAGCCCAAUCCAGGCGAUUUUCGUCGACAUCCAGACCCUCGGGAGCCAGAGUGGCCCCCUCUCGGAUCGCACGGCCGGACUUGGGCCCGGCCCAGAGCCAAUGACAGAGUCAUGGAGUCUGGUGAUCUUCACCGACCGUCGCCGACCCUCACUGACCCUCCUAUCCGCGUCGCCCCAUGGCCCCCUGAAUCUCGUCUGCUCCACCCCGAGAAGGUCUUCGGAAAUUGGGGGAACAACCCCUGCCAGCACUACACCUCGCGCGAAGGCCACCACGGCCACAUGCUCAAAGGCUUAA